UUGGCAUUCUCCCAGGCAAAUAUCAGUACAAUCAGUUUCCGCUUUCCUACUUUCUGCUUAACUUGUGCUGCUGCUCCAUCAGCAGACUCAACAGGUUGCCUCAAGGGUGCAUCUUGUGGUCUAUCAGCAGGCUCAACCGGUUGCCUCAGGGGUGCAGCUUGUGCUGGUGGUCCAUCAGCAGACUCAACCGGUUGCCUCAAGGGUGCAGCUUGUGCUGGUGGUCCAUCAGCAGGCUCAACCGGUUGCCUCAAGGGUGCAGCUUGUGCUAGUGGUCAAUCAGCAGAUUCAACUAGUUGCCUCAGGGGUGCAGCUUGUGCUGGUGGUCCAUCUUGUGCUGGUGGUCCAUCUUGUGCUGGUGGUCCAUUAGGAGGCUCAUCCAGUUGCCUCAGGGGUGCAGCUUGUGCUGGUGGUCAAUCAGCAGACUCAACCAGUUGCCUUAUUGGUGCAGCUUGUGCUAGUGGUCCAUCAGCAGACUCAACCAGUUGCCUCAAGGGUGCAGCUUGUGCUAGUGGUCAAUCAGCAGAUUCAACUAGUUGCCUCAGGGGUGCAGCUUGUGCUGGUGGUCCAUCAGCAGACUCAACCAUUUGCCUCAGGGGUGCAGCUUGUGCUGGUGGUCCAUCAGCAGACUCAACCGUUUGCCUCAGGGGUGCAGCUUGUGCUGGUGGUCCAUCAGCAGACUCAACCAGUUGCCUUAAGGGUGCAGCUUGUGCUGGUGGUCCAUCAGCAGACUCAACCAGUUGCCUUAAGGGUGCAGCUUGUGCUGGUGGUACAUCAGCAGACUCAACCGGUUGCCUCACGGGUGCAGCUUGUGCUAGUGGUCAAUCAGCAGACUCAUCCAGUUGCCUCAAGAGUGCAGCUUGUGCUGGUGGUCCAUCAGCAGGCUCAAUAUUAAACAAAUACUGGAUGAUCAGGAGCUGGAUAUGGCAGAAUACCUAUUCGAGAAAAAAUAGUGGGCGAGGCUUGCCGCCUCGCCCAAUACAUUGA